AUGUUGGAUUCCCGGUUAUCCCUGUCUCGCCUUUUAGACGUGGAGCUAAACGUUGCCUAUGUCAAGAAUUCCCUGCGUCUCGAUUCCGACGAGAUGAAGGCGAUACAGAAUGCAGCGAAGGCUCAUUCCAUCGCUGUCUCGCUAGGAUUCUCUGAGAAUGAUAACAAUUCUGUCUAUAUCGCACAGGUGAUGAUUGGCCCAGAUGGACUCAUCAAGUCACAUCGUCGAAAGAUGAAGCCAACACAUAUGGUGCGUACUAUAUUUGGCGAUGCGUCCGGGGAGUGCUUUGCAAGGGUGUCGCAACUUCCCUUUGGGCGAGUCGGUGCUCUCUCAUGCUGGGAGCAUAUCCAGCCGUUGUUGAAAUAUCAUAUUCUCGCAAAAUGA